AUGUUCUCGAAAUCCGUCGCACUUGUCUUUGCCAUCGCCUUCGUUAUGGAGGUGGUGCGUGCCGCCGCCCCAGAUCCCGCUCCGGGUGGUGCCACUGAAAAGGAAUUCCCACUCGUAUGGGUUUGCCUCGGUAUUACAGUGGUAGGCAUUGGCAUUGCAUUGUAUGUUGCACACCGCCGUCCUGAUGAGCUUCACAUCCCUGGUGCAUCUGAUGAGGAAACGGAAGAAAUGACGCGCGCUGACGGACCUGAGAACAAUGAAAAUCCCGGCGCUAACGAAACGGCUGCUGAUGAUGGUGCAAAGAAGGAGCAGGCAACCGUUUGA